UUUAUUAAACAACUUAUUAUGUUAAACUCAAAGUGUUAUGAACCAAGAAAGACAUGAAAAUUAGAUGAAAGCGAUGUAAAAUUAAUUAGCUCCUACAUAAGUUUCCCGCCAUUGUAAACUUGUAAAACUUUCGCCUAUCAACAAUGUUAUCAUCGAAUGAUAUAGAGAGGUUAAUUGCAGAGAAGAGGCAUGACAUAGAGAGGGAGAAAAUUGAUUUGGGCUUAUCAAGAUCACUAGAUAAUAAUGUAGAAGAAAGUAAAGAAAAUAAUAGCAGUAAGAAAGUACAGAUCUCAAAAAAAGUGUCGGAAAAUAAUUAUGUGAAACCAGAUGAUAGAUUACUGAAGGAAGGAAAUUCACUCGAAGAAGAAAUACCUGCAGAUUUAGAAAGAUAUAUACGCCGUUGCACGGGACUGCCAAUAAUGCUGAAGGCGGGCGAGUACUCUCCCAACAACCCGCUGGUGCGCGGUGAGCGGGCGGGGACGGGCGAUGUGAUGCUCGGCCUCGGCGAAUAUGAGCGCAGGCGGAAUACAUUGCGGAGGAUACGUCAGCAGCAGUAUAGGGAGUAUUUAGAUCAGCAAGCGAAAUUAAAACAAGAGGCCAAAGAGAAAGCGGAACGUGAACGUCGCGAAAGAGAAGAGAAGGAGAGAGCGAGAGAAGAAGAGAGAGAACGAGAGAGGAGAGAGAUAGAAUUUCCCAGUCCCGUCAGAAGAAGAGCGAGUUUAAACUACGGACAUGAUGUAUCCAGCGGCAGCAACAAUACUUACGUUACCAAGGUAGACACGGCAGUGCAAGUGGAGAGUGUUACACGUCCGCUGUCAGUCGCUGUGCAGACUGAAGACGUCGGUCUCUACCCGGUACCACUUGUGCAUAAGAAGUUAACACAGGCAGAGAGAGAACUGUCUCCCAGAGUGGCAGGGGAGGAGACACAUAAGUGGACAGAGGACUGGACGCAAUGGAAGGAGAGGAGAAGGAGCUAUGGCGAUUUUAAUGAUCAUAUUACAAGUGGAGUGAGAAGGAGUAAUAAAGAGAAGUUGUUAGGAGAUCUGCGUCAUACCUACAUGCCGUCAAUAUUUGACGCGGAUGCGAUACAACUGCGCAACUUGCAAGCUGAGAAGGAGGCGGCAGCUCGGCGUCAGUUCUACCAGCAGGAGUUGAAGAACCAGAUCCUGGAGCAGCAGCGGAUACGAGAGGAGAGGAAGAACAGAGAGAAGAUGUUAGAAGAAGCAGAGAUGCGUCGUCUGGAGGAGCAGCUGAGAGCACUAAAGUCUGCGCAGACACACGAGACAUACAGACAGAUAGAUCAGAAUGAAUAUAUGAAAGAACAUUCAUCGGAAUAUGAGAAGAAAAGAGCCAAACUCCAGAAUGAGAUAGAGGAAGAGAAGAGAACUCUCCUCAGAUCUAUGUCACACAAACCUGUCACCAAUGUGUCACGUGACAUGACACAAACCUCACACAGCGAGAAAACAUCUAAACUACCAUUUUACUAUCAAAAUAAAACCAAUAAUAAACCGCCAUAUUCAAUUAAUAUUCCAGAAAAUUCUAUAUUUUCACAAAACUACGACAUCGAUAGUUAUUUAAGAAAGAAUUUAAAUCCAAGUCGAGAAAGUUUAAUGUCAAAUAACUUGAGAGAAUUAAGAGUUGAUAAUACAGAUAAAAUAAAACAUGUCAAAGACAACAAAAAUACUAAAGACAAUUACACUGAACAUAAAUAUACCAGAGAUAGUUACACGGAAAAUAAAACAACACAAGAGAAUUACACAGAAAAUAAAAAUACACGACAAAAUUACACGGAAAAUAAAAAUACACGAGAAAAUUACACAGAAAGUAAAAAUACACGACAAAAUUACACGGAAAAUAAAAAUACACGAGAAAAUUACACAGAAAGUAAAAAUACACGACAAAAUUACACGGAAAAUAAAAAUACGCGAGAGAAUUACACAGAAAAUAAAAAUACACGACAAAAUUACAUAGAAAAUGGAGCUACACGAGAGAAUUACACGGAAAAUAAAUCCAGAGAAAAUUACACAGAUAAUAAAAACACCAGAGAAAAUUACACAGAUAAUAAAAACACCAGAGAAAAUUACACAGAUAAUAAAAAUAACAAUAUAAUAAUAGAAAAAGCUCUAAUACAUACACAACCGAAACGUACCAAAGAAGAUACUUUACCAAUACCAGUGUUAAAACAUAAUCCAAUUAAAAUAACUAAUGAUAUAAAUAAAAAUACAGAAUUAAGUAAAGAAAUGCAAAUAGUUGAUGAUAAAUGGAAAAUACCAGUUGUACAAAAGAAUAUAUUAAAAAUAUUACCAAAAGAUGAUGGGAAAAAUAUUAAUAUUUUAACACAAUUAGGUUCAAUCAGACGACAAUUACAAUUGGAACAAUUAAAACUUGAUAAUAUGAUAGCUAAAGAUGAUGAAGUCUGACUAUUUUGUUGUUUGGGUCAUUUCAAUAAAAAUAUGGAUAUAUAACAUAUAGAUAAAUAAUCCGGGGCAAAAAAGUGAGGCAAGAAAGACUUUUGGGGGAGGGGCAA